AUGAGAACCGGCCGCGUCGCGCUCCAGCACCUACUCAUCCUCUCCGCCGUGCUCAUCCUUGGCACGCCCUCAGAGGGUCUGGUCCGCAUCCCGCUGAAGAAGCUACCGUUGGUUCACGAGAACAGCCUCGUUGCCGGAGAGGAUGCUCAGAGCCUCUUCGCACAGCGCCAUGGCCUCGUCUUUAACAAGGAGCCGCAGCCGCAGCCGCAGCCAAAGAGUGAUAUUGUUAUAUUGAAGAACUACUUGAACGCUCAGUACUACGGUGAGGUCGGCAUCGGAACGCCGUCGCAGAACUUCACCGUCAUCUUCGACACUGGCAGCUCCAACCUCUGGGUGCCCUCCUCCAAGUGCUACUUCUCGAUUGCAUGCUACUUGCACAGGAGCUACAGGGCCAGACGGUCGAGCACGUACAAGAAGAAAGGAAAAUGGGUAUCAAUUCAUUACGGAACUGGUGCAAUUGCUGGCUAUAUUAGCCAAGACAGUGUGCAAGUUGGUGGUGUAGUUGUGAAAAAUCAGGAUUUUAUUGAAGCUGCCUUGGAACCAAGUAUUUCUUUCAUGCUUGGAAAAUUCGACGGUAUUCUUGGUCUUGGGUUUAAAGAAAUCUCGGCCGGCGGUGCUGAACCUGUGUGGUAUAACAUGGUUAGCCAGGGUCUGGUUGGUAGCCCUGUUUUCUCAUUCUGGUUCAACCGACAUGCUGGUGAAGGGAAGGGAGGAGAAAUAGUUUUUGGAGGAGUUGAUCCUAAUCAUCACAAGGGAAGACAUACCUAUGUUCCAGUUACUAAGAAGGGAUACUGGCAGUUUGAUAUGGGCGAUGUUUUGAUUGGAAGAAACUCCACAGGAUUAUGUAAAUCUGGUUGUGCAGCAAUAGUAGAUUCUGGAACUUCGUUGCUUACUGGCCCCACGGCGAUAAUUACUGAGAUAAAUCAUAAACUUGGUGCACCUGGAAUAGUGAGCCAAGCAUGCAAGACCGUUGUUUCUCAGUAUGGGCGGUGGAUCCUAGAUUUGCUGCUAAAGCAGACGGAGCCAAAAAAGACAUGUGCCUUAGUCGAUUUAUGUCCCCUUGGUGGAUCUGAUGGUGUAAGCGCUGGUAUUCGAAGUGUCGUAGAAGAUGAUGGUGGGGCAUCAGAGGGUGUUCUUUUGUGCAAGGCUUGCGAGCUGGCUGUUCAAUGGACGAUGAACCAAAUUGCUCAGAAUAACACUCAGGAUUCUAUAUUGCAGUACAUCAGUGAGCUAUGUGACCAUAUUCCUAACCCUAUGGGAGAGUCAUCCGUGGACUGCAGAAAACUUGAAUCCUUGCCUGACGUCUCUUUCUCCAUCGGAGGCAAACAAUUUGUGCUUAAACCAGAACAAUACAUACUGAAGAUCGGUGAGGGUGAUGCUACCCAGUGCAUCAGUGGAUUCUCAGCUAUGGACGUUCCUCGUCCCCGCGGUCCUAUCUGGAUCUUGGGCGAUAUAUUUAUGGGAGCCUACCACACUGUCUUUGACUAUGGAAAAAUGAGGGUUGGGUUUGCCGAGGCAGCAUAG